UGGAUUCUCUUUCAAAACAGAGAACAGCAGAUCGGCUUAAGCUCAUUUAAUACUUAUUUCCGUAAGUUUUUGCAACAUUCUGUAAUUCAUGAUGAAAUAAUAUGUUUGUCGUUAAAAGUAUAUGAGACUUCAAAUUCGUAUGCAAUCUAAAAUAUUCUAUUUAUAUGUUGAUUUUAAAAGCUGUUCAGUUCUAAUUUGUUGUGUGGCGAGUGAACAUAAUGAAAUUCGGUGUAAUAUUUUUGAUUGUGUUAGGUAGCUUACUUACUAGGGAAACAGAUAGUGCGAAGAUACUUUCCGUAUUUGCAUAUCCUGGUCCCUCUCAGUAUAUAUUUGCUUCAGCUAUAUUAAAAAAGUUAACCGAACGAGGACAUGAGGUAACAUCUAUUUCGAUGUUUCCACAACAGAAACCUGUUAAAAAUUUUCGUGAUAUUUACAUACCCGAGAAUGCAAAUUUAGUGGCUGAUUUGUUGACACAUGUCGAUGAAAUGCAACAACGAAGUAAAUUGGAGAAUAUGAUGACAAUGUAUGAUAUCGGCUUGAGUAUGUGUCCGAAUGUUUUUCGUAAUAAGGAAAUACAAAAAUUGUUGAAAUCAUCGGAGGAGAAGUUCGAUUUGAUUAUAAUAGAAUUAUUUUUGGCAGAGUCACUUUAUGGUUUGGCGCGACAUUUUAAUGCACCUAUUGUGGGACUCUCAACUUUUGGCACAACAAGCUUUAUUGAUAGAGUUGUUGGAAAUACUUCACCGCCUUCUUUUUUGCCCUCAGUAUUUACUCCAUUUGACACUAAAAUGACAUACCGAGAACGUUUGUCAAAUUUUAUACAAAUUGGAAUAGAUAAUUUGUAUUAUAAUUUUUUCUAUCUACCAAAACAAGAAGAGAUAUAUAAGCAAUUCUUUCCUAACGCCAAAAUAAGUUUACAGGAAAUACAAAAAAAAUUUUCAUUAGUGUUGCUUAAUCAACAUUUUUCCCUCAGUUAUCCACGCCCAUAUGUUACUAAUAUGAUAGAAGUCGGCGGUGUGCAUAUUAAACAAAUACCAGAUCUUUUACCACAGGAAUUGCAAGCAUUUCUUGAUAAUGCUACUGAAGGUGCCAUUUACUUUUCAAUGGGUUCGAAUUUAAAAAGUAAAGAUCUGCCACCGGAAAAACUACAAAUAUUUGUAAAUGUUUUUCGUUCUUUAAAACAAAAAGUACUUUGGAAAUUUGAAGAUACCGAACUGCCGAAUAAGCCAGAUAAUGUAUACAUAAGUAAAUGGUACCCACAACCAUCAGUGCUGGCACAUCCGAAUGUUAAGGCUUUCAUUACACAUGGUGGUUUACUAAGUACAACCGAAGCUAUAUAUCAUGCUAAGCCGGUGCUGGGUAUACCUAGGUUCUUUGAUCAGCCCAUGAACGUCGCAAAUGCUGUUAAACGUGGUUACGCGAAAAGCGUUGACUUCAAGACUUUAAAUGAAACCGACUUAAAACUUGGUCUAAGCGAGUUGUUAUAUAAUCCAAUUUAUACACAGAAUGUACAAAUCUAUUCAAAACGUUUACGAGAUCACCCAAUGACUCCACUCGAGACUGCUAUUUUUUGGUUGGAGUAUGUUUUGCGACAUGAUGGUGCCCUACACUUACGUAAUACUGGCGCUGACUUAAAUUUCUGGCAAUAUCAUAGUAUAGAUAUCAUUUUGACUAUACUAGGGGUGAUAUUAUUUGUAUUGAGUUUUAUUACUUUGGUAAUAUAUAAGCUAAUAGGUUUAAUAUAUGGAAAACGUUCGAAACGGAAAACUAAAUCGAAACAAAAUUAGUACGGUAAUAAAAUUAUUAUUUAUGUAGAAAUAGGUUGUGUUUUUCACUUUUUUAUUUUAUUAAGUCCAUGGUUGGUAAAAAAAUUUAUAGAAUUUGCGAACUCAUAUAUUAAAUCCAAUCAAUUUCACGAAAAUAAUAAAAA